GACAUCUUCUUUUUAUACCUUUUGGCUAUGGUUUUUAUAUCUUUUUGAUACAGAAGCUCCGGAACAAAGUUCAUGAGGAAAUGUGAGACUUUUGAACUGUUGUUACUGAUUCUAGUGCUUCUACUUCAGUUAAGAAUGCAAAUCAGCCAGGAAAGGCCUACGUCAACAAGAGUUCAGAUGCAAAUGCAGCAGGAUCAUUCCUCCACCGUCAUCCGGAGAAUACCUCGCUCCAAUGAUCCUGGACUGGAACUCAAGAUAUUCCAUGCUCCCUGCGAGUUCGAUCUGAUCAGAUACACAUCGAUUAACUACUUCCCGAGUCAUUGCCUGCCCGUCUACAACAAGCGCCAUGUGAACGAGGAUUGGUAUGGUUUGUACCGCACCUACGACACCGAGGGCUUUGUUUUCGGGCAGUUUUAUGAGCGGCUCAUGCGACACGAAUUGGACUAAAUAAAUGCCAGUUAAAAACAAUGAAACCUAAACAAAGUCUGUGAUAUCGAUGCUGUGGUAGCGUUGCAGAGAUCCCAAUCGCGUGUGCGGCGAAGGACGCAGGCAGAUCACACACUCCUCCGUGCUGAAAAUCAAUUGCAAUUAGUCGUAGGGAACUCCAAGAACGAAAACUAAAAACCUUGCAUCCGUUUAUAAAAAAUAUAAUACUUUAAUCUGA